ACAGACGAGGAAGCAGCCAGCGAGGAUGACAGCUCAUACAGAUGUGGUUGUCUAAGUUCACCCGCCGUACAAAUAUGCAGCUGGAUAUGAGUCAUAAUAACACCCGACAAUGAGAUGGGUAACUGUUGGACUUACUGUGUGGGGCUGUUCCGGCGGGAAGCCAACAGGAUCCAGAGAGGAGGAGGGUCCAAAUACUUCAGAAGCAGCACUGCUGGAGAACAUUAUACAAUCGAGUUUGAAAAUUUGGUAGAAAGUGAUGAGGCUGAGAGCCCAUUGCCUUGCCCGAGACCCAUCAGCGAAGAUGAGCUCACUCACCUUAAGGAACACCGGUACGCUGCCAUCUCCGACAAGCAGAUCCUUAUCGACCAGAAGCUGCAGGCAGAUUUAGAGGCACAGGAGGAGAAGUUGAGGCUAGAAGAGGAGGCUAGAAAUGCCGCCCAGCGUGAGGCCGCCAGGCUGGCACGUGAACGAAAACUGAAGGAGAUGCCAAAGACACGAGGGAGAGCAGACGGCGCCGGUGGGGAACCCCAGCAAAGAAAGCACACUACUGGGGAAGGUUUUGAUGUCUACCUCCAGAAUGUAAAAGCCCAAUCUGAAGCUUUCAGGAGCAGCAGACUACCGUCUGAAACAAACGUGGUGACUCCUAACACAGAGUACAGCUGGGACUUCACCACCAAAACCCGCUCCACCAAUGAUGACGGUACCUCACUGGACCUCGAGUGGGAGGACGAGGAAGGAAUCAACCGGGGACUCCCUCCCUGGGAGAGAUCACGGACGGAGGAGGACAUCCUGCGUGCCGCCCUGAGACCUGGCGGGAAGCAGGUGUACAGCGGUCCAACUUCAGCCUCUGAGGACUCCAAUGCCCUCGAGUGGGAGAAUGAUUUUGUAAGUACUCACCCGGAGGACGGCGUGGACACUGAAUUCGAAGGGUUCGUCAAUCCGGUCCUGGACACACCUUCUGAGGACGCGUCGGACAACCAGGACAGAUAGUGUCCGUCACCAAGGAGAUGCUCCGUCAAUGGUCACCAGCUGUUUCGCCCCUGUCAUGUUGAACAACUUGUGACUUAUGCUGCAUGAGUGGGAGAAUGUCUACACUUCAUGACAGUGUAGUGUUUUCAAGAGAACAUUUAGUGCCUUCAUUUGCUCUAUUUUCAACCAUUUCUGACGUUUUCUUUGGAUCAAUAAUCAGCGUAACCGAAUCACCAGAUAUUUUACUAGAGUUUAGCACAGAAUGUUUCGCUCGCAUCAACAAAAUAAUCGUAUUGUGAAAACGCUGCUGUUAUAAUUUGAAAACGGUUUGAGUUUAUUCCGUCCUAACAAUCGUGGGUUUAUGCCGCGCCAGCGGGUCUGCAGUGGCGAGGUUCAUGCACUGCUCAUACCAAGAGUGAAUCUUUGUAGUGAAUUACUACUGAUGGUAAGGGAUAAGAGAACUCUCCUGCUUAUACUUCUGCUGUUGGGACUUAUGUAAUGGUUUCACUGGACACACAAGACUAGACUGCUGAAGGUUCAGCAACCUGAUGCUGUGGAGCUACUCUAGCUAUGGCAUUCUUCUGUCACCACUGUAGCAUUUGGGAACUUUUUCUUUUCAUCUGUGAAAUUAUUUUUUUAACUACUGUGCUGUUGGUUUUAUUACAAAGUAAGGAACUGGUUGAAUGAUUAUAAUUUCACAGCUGCAGGCAGGACAACAGGAAAACCUCUGUUUUCUUAGUAAUUCCAUGGUUACAUUCCAAGAACAAGAUCAAAAUGAUCCACCGAUUUCCAAUACCAGCUCCUGUCUGUGUUUUCUGAACCUGGCAAGCUUAUAUUCUAAAACCAUUCUUCUUUUACAGUAUUUCAAGUGUAACAUCAAGAGAAUAAUGAAAGAGAGGAGGUCAUGAGCUUCAUAGGCUGAUCGUUGUGCAAUCAUCUGAAAGAGCUGAUGAAGAGCCAGCAGCUGGUCUCUCUCAUCGUACUACAGCAGUCUCUUGGAAUGUUACUCAACAAUUGGUUGUGUAUUGCACCUUUUUUUAGUUCUAAUCUUAUGCUUUUAAGCUGAACGCAGAACUAUUUUCUGUUUAGGCUCAGGUGAAGCUGCAGGUGAAAGGUCAGUUGAUAGCUGGAAACGGCACAUUGAUAGUGAAGGUAGCAGAGGCCUUGUUUAGAUGAAUGAGCACCUUCUCACAAGGUAGGACUCCGUUUUGAAUGAAAUGCCCACACGCUUUGUUAGUGUAGUUCACUUUGACACACUUUGGGUCUGGGUCACUGGGGUUUAUAUUAUGAAGUGGUUUGAGACUUUUGACAAGAAACAGCAUUACAAUCACCUUGAGCAUGAAGUUCUUGCUCUGGAUCAUCGGUGUGCGUUUCCACCGACGAAAUUGUGUGCGUGAAGUGUUUAAUAUUUACAGCCAAAUGUUCAGAAUCAUUUUAAACACCUUGACGAUUGACAUCUAAUCUGUUCAGGGCUGCACUUUGUUUUGCUCAUCAUGAGUAAUUUUAUUUGAAAAUCUCCUUCAACAGAAAUGGAUUGUAUAUUGACUCAUGGGUCAAAACAAACAGAACAAAAGCAGACUUACUUUCCAUUUACAGUCUGAACAUAGAUGUCAGAUGUCAUCUAGUCUCAUCUAGUUUAAUAUCAAGUAGGGUUGCUGGUCUGUGACAACAGAAAUUAAAUAUUAUGUGCAAGACUCUCAUAAAUUAUGAUAUAAUACCCUCUUACCUGGCUGCUCUAUAAAGUUCUCUGUUUAAUUCACCUGGUAGUAAAAGUUACUACUGAUGCAAAGUUUUGUGACCCAAACAGUCAGUUCACUGUUUACUGUCACACAACACUCAGCACGUCGCAAAUCAGGCUGAGAGACCAACCCUGCCCCUCUCUCUACACACUCUAAAUUAUUCGCAGAAGAAGUGAGGGACAUUCAUGGUAUUAUUUUAGUAUUAAAUCUUUUUUCGUAUUGAUCACUUCUGAUAUAAAUUUGGUGUCCAGCGCUAAUGACGAUAAUAGUCAAACUACUCCGAAGAAUGUCAACGCGUGGUUUUCAAACGGUACGUUCGCUGUAAAUGUAGACAUUGCUGAGCUCAUGACUUUAAUAUACAGUGCUGUUGUAUAGUUUCUAAACUCAAUAAGAAAAGCUUUAAUAAUAUCUGACUGCCAAUAAAUCCCAUACCUCCAUCUGCCGCUUGGUUAUUGGAUUUUGGUUUUUCAUUUUAUGUCAUUUCUUACUUGUUUUCCCUCAUAAAAACAUACUGUUCAGUGUGUUAGAAGUGUAUUCAUUAUUGCGCCUUUGAUUUACUUGAAAUUAUUUUUGUAAUUCGUUGCUGACAAACCAGUGUGUUAGAAUAUCAUGUGAAAAUUAUAUUUCAGAUGGAAUUCCAUAUCACAGACAUUUUUGUUCCACUUUUUUUUUUUCAAUGAGUGAACCUCAGGAAAGCCACUGCAUUAUAGUGCAUUAUUUAGAUUUAUCUCCAAAAAUAUUUUUCUUUUUUCAAUUCCAUGGCCAGGAAAUUUCAGAAAUAUGUGUGUUUGUUUGCCCCCUGUCUCUUGCCCUGUGUAGCUGGGAUAGGCACACCAGCACACCGUGGUCCUGUUAAGGAAGUUAACUGCAGAAAAUGUUACCUCUAUGUUCUGUUUUAAACACAAGGUGGCAGCAGAAGUACACUGCUCAGCUCAGUACCCACGUUGCAGUAUUUUCUGGGUCUUUUUACAUCGACAUCGUUUCUGUUUCGUCACUUUUUUGCUUAUUAAAGUUUCACACUCUGUACAUUCCAGUCUGUUUACUGUGAAUGUCUCACUGUGAUUUCAUUUUCUCUUUUA